AUGCCUCCUCCUUAUUCCGCGUUAACCUCGCGCUACGAGAACAAGCGGCGCACACUUAAUAUUCAUCUCUCCGCUCUGCUCGGUCUUCCUAGCGUACCGCGUGAAUCGGCUUCCGAGUUACAAUCUUUACAUGAUAAAGUUGCGGCCGCUCUAAAAUCCUUCUCGAAUUUGGAUCGCAAUACCGACAACCUCUGGAACGAUAUGCUCGUAUACCUUGUCACGCAGAAACUCGAUCCGAUCACGCGGAGGGCUUGGAAUUUACAGGAAAGCGGUCGCGACGAUCCGCCUACGUACGACGAUCUUAAACGCUUUCUCGAACAUCGCAUUCGCGGAUUGGAAAACAACGCAAUCGGCGCCCCCGUGAAGCCCGGUGCAAAAACCGCUCCAUCCGAUCGCGUUCACGCUGCUACCGCGUCAGCGAACGUGCCGCCAAAGUGCCCGCUAUGCGACACGCCCCAUUAUCUAAAUUCCUGCGUUAAAUUCAGGGAAAAGAAUCCGAAUCAACGUCGAGAAAUGGUGAAGCAGCAAAAACGUUGUUUCAAUUGCUUGAGCGAAAAGCAUACAGUUAUGUCGUGCAAAAGUAAAUUCUCAUGUCGAGUUUGCAAGAAACGGCAUCAUUCGCUUCUCCAUCUCGAUUCGGAUUCUUCUUCCAUCGCUCUCGAAGCGGCGUCACCUAGUUGCUCGUCGUCCGUCGCUCCAGCUGAAAAAACCGAGGUGAAUUCUCUUACCGCUUCGACCGCGCCGCGACGUCGAACGCAUGUACUCCUCGCGACCGCGUGGGUAACGGUGCGGACGCCGUCGGGCCGCACCGCCGUCGUGCGAGCCCUGCUCGACCAAAGCUCCGAAAUGACCUUUAUUUCCGAGUCAUUGGCGCAACUCCUGCGAGCAAAACGCCGUCGCAUGCCCAUCUCCGUCACCGCCGUCGGUGGUAUACACGCCGGCACUUUUAAACAUGCGACACAGAUAUUUAUUUCCCCGCGUAACGCUUCUGCUCCGGCUUAUUCAACUGACGCGCUCAUUCUCGGCUCGUUAACUACUUACGUUCCAAAGCGCGGUGUAGAUAUUUCGGCGUUCACGCACCUUUCGGAUUUAUCGUGGGCCGACCCGGAUCCGACAAGUUUCGAUCCCAUCAGAAUUAUCAUUGGGGCCGAUCUAUACAGUACUUUACUUCUUGGCGGCGUCCGCAAGGGAGACGUCGGCCAGCCGAUCGCCCAAAAUUCCGUUCUUGGAUGGAUUAUUUCCGGACCGAUUGAUUUUCCCGCGGCGAGAUCCCCGUCGCACUCAUCCAUACAGAGCUCUCACGCCAGUAUCUCCACACACCAAAUUUCGUGUUCUCCUGCUCUCGAGGAUGAGCUUCGUCGUUUUUGGGAAGUCGAGGAACUUCCACGCCAAUCUAUUCUCUCGCCGCAAGAGAGACAAUGCGAAACGCAUUUCCGAGAGACUCAUUCUCGCAAUUCCGAUGGGCGAUAUAUCGUUCGCCUUCCGUUUAAAUCCCCUCCCCCUCUCGAUAUCGGAGCGUCGCGUCUCCAAGCCGAGCGUAUGUUAAACACGUUAACGCGGCGGUUUAAAAGCAAUUCGGCAUUGGCAAUCGAAUAUCGAAAAUUUCUCGCGGAAUAUGAACGUCUUGAUCACAUGCGACCUUCGCCUCAACCGCAGAGCGAAACCAUGCAGUGUGUUUACAUUCCGCAUCACGGGGUAAUCCGAGAAAAUAACGCUACCAUCCCUCUCCUUGUGUUCAAUGCAUCAAGCGCCACUUCCAACGGGUCUUCGUUAAAUGACCAUUUACUCGCCGGUCCGAAAUUAUAA